UGAUUAUUAUUUGCUUGCGCAUACGCAUUUGUGUGAUUUGUUAUUAUGUGUGCCUAUUGAUUUAUACAGUCAUUGGCGUCAUUUUGACAUCAACAUAGUGAGAAAAAGAGAUAGGAUAUAAAUAAAGUGAAACAAAUAAUAACCUCAUCUAUCAUAAAACUAAAAUGUUGUGAUUAAUGUGAUUGCGAUUGUUAAUUUAGCAUAACAAUGGGUGUAAGAGGCCUAACUACUUACGUGAAUUUAAAUCAAGAUGCUUUCCUUCAAUUCUUUCUUCUGCACGACACCAACCUCGUCGUCGAUGGAAACAGUAUGUGUGCUCAGCUGUAUCGAUCAUUGAAUUGUUUUUCUGCCUUCGGUGGUGAUUACGACAAAUUCGCCGCUUAUGUGAAGAAUUUUCUGAAGUCAUUUCGCAAGUGUAACAUUACUCCUUAUGUUAUUUUCGAUGGAAGCCAUGAAAGCAGGAAGCUGCGCACAGUGUUUAGUCGCCUCAGAUCUAAGAUCAGUGGUGCCUCCAGGCUAGACCCAGUGACUCAGGGGAGCCUACAAAUAUUCCCUCUACUUGUGCGAGAUGUAUUCAAGCAAGUUCUUGUAGAAAUGAACAUACCAUACACUAUAUGCGAGUUUGAAGCAGAUGAUGAAAUCGCUACUAUGGCUAGACAUUUGAAUUGCCCAGUCUUGAGUUACGAUUCAGACUUCUUUAUUUACAAUGUUUUGUAUAUCCCAUUUAAUACUUUGGAGCGGAAACCGAAGCCCUUUGAUGUAGAUGGAAACAGAAUACAUGCCCUACAGUGUAAGCUCUACAAAGUAGAAUUCUUGACAGAAAAUUUUGGUGGAUUAAAAGAGGAAAUGUUGCCAUUGUUAGCAACACUAUUGGGAAAUGACUAUGUUGAAAAACGAGUGUUCAAUAAAUUUUUCUCGCAGUUAAAACUUCCUAAAAGCAAACGAUGCAAAAAUGACCAGCAAAGAUGUAUUCAUGGAGUUUUCAAAUGGUUGCAAAAGGAAACCUUAGAUUCUGCCAUUUCUAAAAUUAUUGGCAGGGUCAAAAAAGCUGGCAAAGAUAAAGUUAUUGCUAUUAUCAAGAAAAGUAUAGAUGGAUAUAACAAAAAACAUUGCAGAUCUCUUAAAUUUUUCAAUAUCAGUGAUGAAUCACAGGGUGAAGAGAAAAAAUUUCAAUUUCCAGAAGGGCUCGAUAGUGAGAAUUCUGGUGAUGAUGAUGAUGAUGAUGAAAGUGAGUCAGGAGAGGACUCAUCUGAGGAUGAAGCCAGUUCAGAUGAUGACAACAUUGAGGACGAUAUGGUUUUAGGCUUACCAGUGUGGAUCGCUGAUGCAGUACGUAACAAGCUCAUCCCACAGUCUCAUCUCAACUUAUACACACAUCACAUGUAUUUCUGUAAUCCACAGGCAGAAGAUUAUAAAGACGAAGACUCUUGUUUGUGCACUCUGCCGAUCAUGAGGUAUAUUUUUGAUAUCUUGACUGACUACGCUCAUGAUCAUUGCACCUAUGUCAGUCGAGAAAUAGACUGCAACUACAAAAGGGUACUUCUGGGUAGAGAAUUGUCUACAUCGAGGCUGUUUGAAGUGCCAUUUCAGGAUUUAACAGAUGUACAACUGUCUUUAUAUUUCAGUCAUUUUCUAAAGGAGAAACUACCCACUUUAGAUUUGAAUGAUAUAAGUUCAUUGCCCGCAAAUUUUCAGUUGUUUAUGAUUUCAUUGCUUUGGUGGGUAGCCAAAUGUAAUGUGCCUUUAUCUCAUGUACACAGUUUGUUGUUGUGUUAUGUUAUGUUGGAAGUGGUAGAUGAAAGGACAGGCUCUUUUCGUGGACACCACCAGUUUGCUCAUCAAUACUCUAAGAAAGUGGAAGAGUUAAAGAAGAAAGUUAACAAAAACUCUGAUCCAGAAUCUGAAUUGUUUUUGAACAAAUGUAAAGUCCAGUAUGAGCAUUGUUUGAUAGCAGCUAAUUCGCUUAUAAAGCACUUUGAGAUUGAUGAAUCCAUACGCAAGAGACCAAAAACAUAUGAUGUUAAAAAGAUACACAGUUUUGCCCAAUUCCAAUGUUGCUUGCACCAAUUUAAUUCUUUGAAUAGCUUAUGUCGUAAUCCAUACGAGAGUACAAUAUAUCACAAAUGUUAUAAUGGGACCUUCAUUUACAACAUUUCACUAAAAUUGGAAAAUCAGACAGAACCUAUUAAAUUUUUGGAGCAAUAUCUUCAUGGUGCAACUACAGUGUUGAUGUUUUACAAAAGUCUAUGUAGUAUUUUUGAAAAAUGUGCAGAUAAGAUGAGUUUAUCAACAGCUAAAUGGUCCAGGAAAAAGCGUAGAAGGAAAAAGAAUAAAACUAAUGAAGAAGUAGAUGAAAUAAUGAAUUCAUUCAUAAUAAAUGGAUUUGCAUCUGCAGUUGUGUUGUAAAAAUAAAGAUGGCUCUGAGAAAUGUAGUUUUAUGCGAAUUUUUCUAAAUAUACUUUU